AUGACUAAAAAGUUAACGGACGAAGAAAUAGAACGAGAACUAAAUGAAUACUAUGCUAAUUCUGAAUCCGAAGUUGAAACAUACGAUAUUGAUCUAGCUUUUGAAGAUUCUGAACCUUGUUUUGAUCAAUCGAGAUCAAGUGAUGAUCAUUUUAAUUUGAUAAAUUCUAGUAAUAAUAAUAGUGUAUAUAAUUCUAAUCAAAUGCAAUAUAGCACACCUAUUGAGAUUAGUCAAUACGAUUUACAAGCCUCUGAUGUUGAUAUUGAUGAAGCUCUUCAAAAUUUAGAAACUGAUUUCCAAGACUAUUUGUCACAGAAUGACUCUUUUCAGUCUCCUUCUUCAAGUAUUACACAGCAGUCAAGAAUAGCUUCAGAUGCAUUUUCAUCUAGCAUUCGUAGACCCACAAGAUCAUCUAAAGUUCCUAAAUCAAUCAAGACAUUAAAAUGGAAAAAAAAUGCAAACAGUUUUCAACCAAAAAUUCAUGAAUUUAACCCAAACAAUGUAUGUUACUAUUUUUUUGAAGCAUUUAUUACAAACGAUUUGGUGGGAAAAAUUGUUUUUGAGACUAACAGGUACGCUAAGGAGCGACCAAUUAAUUCAGAACAUUCAAGAAUGGUUUAUUGGAAAGAUACUAGUAUGGAAGAAUUGUACAUAUUUUUAGGAGUAACUAUUUUGAUGGCUAGAAACAAAAAAUUACAAAUAAGUGAAUAUUGGUCAACUAAUGACUUAUUACGUCAAGAUAUUUUUGGCAAAUGUAUGAGUAGGGACAGAUAUUUACUUCUUUUGCGUUGUAUUCACUUCUGCGACAAUACUCAACAAAUCAAAGGAGAUAGGCUCUACAAAAUUCAAAUAGUUUUGACUGAAGUAAGAAAAAACUUCAAAGAUGCUAUGAUUCCUUUUUCAAAUCUGGCAAUUGAUGAGAGUUUACUUUUGUGGAAAGGGCGUUUAUCUUUUAAACAGUAUAUUAAAAGAGCUACUAAACACAAAGAUUUACUAGAAGACAUACUUGGGAAAUCUGGUGUAAUAGUCAAAGAUCUCAUGAAGCCAUACUUAAACAAAGUGAGAAAAAAUCGAAAACUUAUGCCAAUUAUUGAAGGAAAGCUGAAAUUAGGUGAACGAGAAGCUCGGUGCACUGACAAACUUUUAGCGAUUCAUUGGAAGGACCGUCGUGAUGUAUAUAUGUUAACAUCUAUGAAUACAAAUGAAAUAGUUGAUACAAAAAAGAUAGAUAGAAAAACAGGAAAAAAAUAUCUCAAGCCACAAAGUGUAGUUAGUUAUAACAAGAAUAUGGGUGCAAUAGAUAAGACUGACAUGUUGUUAAGUUCUACCGAAUGUGUUAGACGUACAUUAAAAUGGUACAAAAAACUAUUUUUUCAUCUUAUUCAUAUGAGUAUGCUAAAUGCAUAUUCUACGUAUAAAACUGUUACAGGUAAAAUAAACCAAGAAAUUGUAUUGCAAUUAGAACAAGAAACCAAUUAUUGGCGAAAUAUUUUAAAAAGAAUAGUUGCUACUGACGUUCUUUAG